GCCAUGCUGCCGGGCAACGUCAUUCGGCAGCUGCAGAGCGGCUCCCAGUCCAUAGCGGAGCACUUUGAGGGUGUCACGGUGCUGUUCAGCGACAUCGUGGGCUACACCUCCGUGGCAUCGCAGCUCUCCUCCUUCGAGGUGGUCACGCUGCUCAACGAGCUGUUCAGCGUGUUCGAUGACCUCACGCAGCGCAACGGCGUGUACAAGGUGGAGACCAUUGGCGACGCGCUGAUGUGCGUGUCUGGCUGCCCCGCCCCCGAGCCCCCUGCCGCCGCCGCCUGCCGCAUGGCCCGCAUGGCUCUGGACAUGGUCCGGGCGGUGGAGCGCUUCCGCCCCUCCAUGGCACUGGCGCAUGGCACUGGGGUCAGCCGCGUGCAGAUACGAGUGGGGGUGCACUCAGGCCCGGUGGUGGCGGGUGUGGUCGGCAAGCGCAUGCCGCGAUACUGCCUGUUCGGCGACACCGUCAACACGGCCAGCCGGAUGGAGAGCACAUCCGAGCCCAUGCGCGUGCAGGUCAGCGCUGCUACGGCGGCACUGCUGCGCUCGCUGCCGGGCUAUGAGGCGGAGUUUCGGCUGGAGCCGCGGGGACCCGUGGCCGUCAAGGGGAAGGGUCUGAUGGAUACCUUCUUCCUGCUCCCCGCCGCGGGUGAUGAGUCCCCCGCGCAUGCACGACACGACUCCUUGUCCCUCAUCCUGGAUAAGUCCGUGCCCGGUGUAACCAUCUUGCCGCCUGCCAGCCAACGCCAACAGCAGCAGCAGCUACAGCAGCCACAGCCACAGCAGCAGCAGUCGUGUCCGCCGCAGCAACCACAGCAGAAGCCCUCAUCACAGAUGGGACGGCAGCAACUGGGGGGGCAGCGUCCACGGCAGCCGCAGCCCCCACAGGAUCAACAGCAGGAACAGCAACAGGAGCA